ACAUUUGUCAGCAACUCCUCGUGUCUUGGUGUCCAGAAAAAGUCAAUCUCAUGUUCUGAAUGCUGAAGAGGCGGCAUAAAAUCAACUAGAAUUGGUCAAGCAUAUUUUAUUCAUAAAUUAAUGUUCAUUGUGAUCAUUUUGACAAAUCAAAAUUGCUCUCUCAAGCUCAGGUGACAAAACAUUUGCAGCCAUAGAGGUUCUGUGAUAUACGCAGGCUUUGUACGAAGUUAGUUCAAUCAGUUUCUCUCUUUGGUGUAGAAGAAAUGUAUAAAAAACAGGUCCCAGAAUAUAUUUUUCACUAUGGUUUAAAAAUGCUAUUUCUUUUAAAUAAUUUAUUUUGUUGUCAUUUUAUUUAGUGAAAAGAAUACAUCCAAAGCAGAGAAGAUAAUCAUCUCAACCGCUGAUCCUGACCCUCCGUUGUGAUGUUAAAUUUCUUCUAUCUUACCAUAUGCUGUAUGUACAAUAUAUUAUUUGUAUCAAUUAGAAAAUAAUUCUCCCCUUACACUUCACACUAAUACAAAAACUAUCCACUAGGUGGAGACCGUUUGACUUCGUGCUUGUUUUUAGAGCAGAGAAGAAGAAAGUAGCUCGCUGAUCCUUCCUGCUAUACCGUGAACACACUACUGAGUCAAACAUGUCCAGUAAUAUGGACUGAACCCCGAAGGUGACAGUGUUUACCUCACCUGGACCAAUGGUCACAUUCAGGGGCAUUUUGGGAAGAUCUGCAAAAUAUUUGGCCUCUCACCCAGUUUGGAGACAACAGAUCAAGCUGCAAAACAGGAUGUCAUCUUUACGUCUGCCAGUGGCUGCAGUGUGUCAGGUGACGGCCACCCCGGACAAACAGGCCAACCUCUCUGCCUGUAAACAGCUGAUGGAGGAGGCCAAGGAGCGAGGGGCCAGUAUGGUCUUCCUGCCCGAGGGCUUUGACUACAUCGGAUCAAGUCGGGAGGAGAGCUUGUCGCUGGCUGAGAGCCUGACAGGAGACAUAAUCUCACAAUACACCCAGCUGGCCAGGAAGUUGGAGGUUUGGCUGUCUCUUGGAGGAUUUCAUGAACGAGGACAUGACUGGGAGUCCGACAGACGGCUCUACAACAGUCACAUCAUAAUCAAUGAUAAAGGUGACAUCGUUUCAGUUUACAGGAAGGCACAUUUGUUUGAUGUGGAACUGCCGGAGAAAGGAGUUUCCCUUAAAGAAAGUGCCUUCGUCAUCCCUGGACCCACCCUCGUGUCCCCAGUCCAGACUCCCAUUGGAAAGGUUGGCCAGGGUAUCUGCUAUGAUCUGAGAUUCCCUGAAUUGUCACUGGCUAUGCAACGGCACGGGGCCGAGAUUCUGACAUACCCAUCAGCCUUCACUGUAGCAACAGGAGCUGCUCACUGGGAGGUGUUGCUCCGUGCACGGGCAAUCGAGAAUCAGUGUUUCGUCCUGGCGGCAGCGCAGGUCGGCCAGCAUCAUGAGAAACGCCAGUCAUACGGUCACGCCCUGGUGGUGGACCCCUGGGGUGAGGUGCUGGGCGACUGUGGAGGGGAGAAGCCAGGCAUGGUGCUGGUGGAGAUCGACCUUGAGAAGAUCCGCAGCAUCAGGAGGAACAUGCCGGUCCAACAGCACCGCAGAGACGCUAGUUUCUAUCAGAGUCUGGAGAAGACUUGACAGGACAGUCUGACUAGAGGCAACCAGCUAAACAGAUCAUUUCUCACAGGAUGAAUCAGUGGGAACAUUAUUUUUCCAGGAUACUUUAUUGUCAAAUGAAGCUUUUUUUAAGUGAAUAAUUUAUUUCUGCCCUUGCUCAUCCCUCAGACUUCUUUUACGUUUAAUGUUUGAGUCAUCUUGUCAUCACUGCAUCAGAUCAUCUCAUUGACAGCUACAUUCAGCUCUUUUGUCUAAUCCUAACAAAACAAUCAGCUCAGAGCAAAUGAAUCCGUAGGUGGUAUUACUCACAGUAGUCAGUAGAUGGUGCUGUCGGGUUGUAAGAAUGAGAAACUAGAGGAAAUGGCAAAAGCUGAAAGGAAAACAUUUUUCUAGCUAAGUCACUGAUAUGUAUCGAUCUCUGGACACAAGUGGACGUGCACAAAUAAAUAUGUAUUUUUCUGCAUUUGAAUUAAAAGCUGUUGUUACAUGAAAAGAAA